GGCAGAUGGCAGCAGACUGGGACAGACAUACGAAGAGAGGAGUAGCAUAAGUGUCAAGGUAUAGUUUUAAGCAAACCAGAUCCAAGAUCAUGGCACAUUUCUAUGGAACGGAGAAAGCUGAUCAUGAAACACAGCUAGACCAAGCUGACGUGUCCUUAUGUGAAUGGGAGCCAGAAAACGUUGAGAACUCCGAUCUAAACAGUGGCUUCUCUCUUGACACGGACAUGCCGCUGGAAAAAAUGGAACUAGACUUGGAGCUCCAGCCGAGUUCAAGCACCACAGAUGGCAGCAUCUUGAGAAGAUCCAACAGCGCCCCUGUGAUCAAUGGGCUUGGUGAUAAUUCACAGAUGUUCCAAGCUGACACGCUAAGAGCUAGAGGAAACAGUAUAACCUCCAUAACCCAACACUGUCUGGAGGAAGGCAUGGAUUUAAUAAAUAGAGAAGCAAUGCGUACAUGGGAGGUACAAACCGCAAUACAGAUAGGUCAACCUUGGAAAGAAAAUUCGAACCUGGAUGAUGAGAGCUCCGCAGCGUGGACAACGGCUAACUCAAGUGACAGCAACCUAGAGAAGCCAGCUUCUCCAAAGUGCUUUGAUUUAUCCCCAGCAGCUUCUCCCCCUAUGGGGAUUGAGCAGCUGUGUUCUUCUACGUCAUCGCAAACUUGUAUGAGUUGCACCGGUUCACCUCUGGCUCCUGUUGCUAAUCCUAUGGAAGAAUUUACAAUAAGAAGAAGUCAAAGCCCCACCAACACUAUUACACCAAGUAUUCUUGGACCAUUAAAAAGAAAAGCUGAAAUGGCAUUUGAAGAUCAGCCAAAGAGAUUUUUCCAAGGCCCAACCGACGUGCUUCCUUCUGAUACUAACCAGGUGUCUGAUAUGAAUGCCUGAUUUUUCCACAUGGAAUAUCUGUUGUUUAUAUAAUCAAGAAAUAAUGGAAGUUAAAACAAAUAUUUUUUAGAAACUCAUAUGCAGUUAUUAAUUAUGUGAGGGAGAGGAUGAAAGGAUCAGGACUCCCUUACCACUAUUGGACUCUUCACUUACUUCUAUUUGAACUUUUGUUGAAGGAGAGUCAAAGAGCCUUUAAACUAUUGGAAAGUUCUACUCAUUAAAAAAUUCUUCCUGGGGCUGGUCCCAUGGCCGAGUGGUUAAGUUCGUGCGCUCCACUUCAGCGGCUCGGGGUACGCCGGUUCGGAUCCUGGGCGCGGACCUAGCACUGCUCAU